GAUGAGCAGGCAAAGUGUACCACCCCCAGGCAUCAAUUCCUGCGAGAGGAUCAGGCCGGAGCGACCCAGAAAUACGAUACAGAGGCUGGUAUGGGGUCCCGGAACGCAGUUCCAGGUCGGUCAUAUGGGCAUCCCAGAGGAUGAGGGCUCGAAUCCGCGGAUGGCGUUAAGAAGACUGCUAAGAUUGUAUGAGGGCAGACAGUAUAGGGAAGCAGCCGGGUUCCUAAUGAAGCUGCCGCAUUACACCUUAAAGACUGCAUUGCCGGAUAUUCCGGUGGACCUGUUGAUCGAAACUCUACCGCACAGCCUCACCUUGCUGGAGGCGCUCUAUUCCCGAUUGGUGGAACUAAACGUCAGCGACACGAAGAUCCUGCGGAUCGAGCAGGUCCUCUGGAGGAUAGUGCACCUGAUAUCGACCAGUCAAGAUCACUUCCGACCGCGAAUCUGGUGUAAACUUCUCGUGUCAUUGAACAGAUUAUCGCCCAACACGAAGAACGCGCUGUUAUCGAGGAAACGUGCCCUAGAGAGAGCUGUAGAAGGACUCGGCAAGCACGGACUGGUGCCUUCCUCGCAGACAAAUAUCUCCGAGAAUUCCGUUACACCGAAUUUAGUACCAUUGCCGAUGGCACUGAAAGAGGAACUCGAGACACGAAUGGAAGCGUACAAAUUGGCGUUGCACAAGAUCGAGAAUUUCGGCAAACACGCUGGGACCAAUAAAGCGGAUCAAGGUGUACAGGCGGCUUCGCAUCAGCGGCAGCUUUCCCUGAAGUACAGCGAGAUCCAGCAGCGGCUGAUCGAUAAUCAAAGCCUGUUGAACACCUUGGAGAAAGCGGGCGGGCCGUGUAGCCUGGAGAAUCUACUAGCGGAGCUGAAGCACCGGGUCGAGCAAGAUAAGGAGGCGCUCCGGCAAUGGACGGCCUUGAGGAAAUCGACGUCCGGAUCGACGAAUGCGAAGAAUCCGGCUCUCGCCGCCAGACUGUUGCAGUUUUCGCGGGGCUGCGCGCUCGCCCUACAGCUCAUGAGCGAAGAUAAUCCGCAGGUUUUCCAUUUGGACGAAAAUCUCGGCGAUGACUACGAGGAGGAGUCCAGCAGCGCUGGCUACCACACGGACGAGAGUUGUAGCCCGACUCCGGAGCCGGUUGUAACGGGUAGUAACUGCGAGGUACUCAGCGUGGAGGAAAAUUGCUCGGAUUUAACCUCGACGAGUAUCACAGUGGAACAGCUCGCCGAGAGGUACGGCGCACUCUACGCCCAGGCCAACUUGCAUACCCUGGAUGCCCUGGACGCCCUGGAGUCCCUCAAGGACGCUCCUGAUUUAAAAGCGAAGAUUCUCUACUCGGUGGUGGUGCUCUCGUGGCGUCUAGCCGGCAUGGUCCAGACGUCGAGGCGCCUGGAAGCCUUGAAAAUCCUGAACGGCGCGACCGCGGCCCAGACGGCGGCGGCGACUCCAGAGCUCGAUGAAUGCAUAAAGCGACAGCUGGCCACUUCCGGGGCGCAAACCGGUUCCCGCGAGGUCGCCGAGCAGGUGGUCAACCAGUUGGAGAGGACACUGUACGACUUUCCGUGUCUGCGUGGCUGCGCCGAGGUCAAGAAUUACGCCACCGCGUGCUCCACUUUGGCCUGGGCGUGCCUGGCACGUUCCACGCCGUUGGUGCUCGAUGCGGCGCAAAGUCUGGAGUUUCGCCGAGAGAUACACGUGAGGCAUCACGCCUCGCCGAAUCCGCACGGGACCAGGAUCAGGUCGGUCCUGUGGCCGGGACUUCGGGAAGGUUGUCAAGGUCCCUGCCUUCACAGAGCCGUUGUCCUAACUUGUUAAAGUACUGCGACUUUCCUAUAAAAAAAAAAAAGAAAAAAAAUUCAUGCAGAAUUGUCUUUCAAAAACAUAUUCAUGAUACGAAAACAUUUUUCACAUACAUAAAAUUUUUUAAGUGCAAGUAGUCUCCACACUGUAGAAAUCAGCCCCAGGUAAAUGAAACUGUACAAUAAUUUUCUAAUGAUUUAAUUAAAUAUAAAUUAAUAAUAAAAUAAUAUACUCAUAUAUUUAAUAAUCGCAGAACAAUUUAUCUCCGUUUCAAAUAUCUAUUUUAAUAUAUUUUGAAGAAAAGUGUCAAUAAAACUUAUGCAGAUUUACAUAACACAUUUACAUAACACAUAAUUAUAGCAUGACACAAAUAAUUCAAAUUUGUGCAAUUAUCAAUUUACAAUUUACAGACGUAUAACCGUCUCUCUGUAGUGUUUUCAGAAGUGCAAUUUGACAACGAAAAGAGAGAGAUGUACGUAGGUCGAACUCGCUAAUUGAAUGUACGGUGAAAGGCAGAGACAAUAACGCGUGGGAUGCUGCACCGCAGCAUGCUCCAAUUUCAUUCGCGCUUAUGAUAUGCAUUCUACACCGUUGACACUUGACGCCGCAACCGGACCUUAAAUUUCAGAAACGUAUCUCGGGCGUGCUGCUCGCGGUUCCGCUAACCGCGGAAUCAAGAAUUCAGAGUAGUAUGAUAUGGUAUGUUGCGGUGCAUCAGUCCACCAUUUUUAUUUACACAAGUCUUAUCUAUAUCACAUUGUCGUAAAGAAGAAAAAUGAAGAUUGACAUUGAACGUAUCAAUCGAUACGUUUGAUCCAAAAAAAGAUGAAGAAUAAAAAACAAUUACGUAAUAUACCAUAUCAUA